CACACCUCCCCCGUCCACACCUACCCCGUCCACACCUCCCCCGUCCACACCUCUCCCAUCCACACCUCCCCCAUCCACACAACCCCCGUCCACACCACCCCCGUCCAUAACCAAGCCGAACACACUACACCCAUCUACGAUACUAGUGACCAUCCUACCAGCCCUCAUUACCACCAACUUCGAUUACAAGGUUUUGAAAUCUUCGAGCCCAUCAGUCCUGACCCCCGUCACUGAAUAAUCCUAGAUACGACACAUCAACCCACCGAGCUACUCCUAAACCCCCACUAAACCCCAUCACACCCGAUACGUCUCCAACUAAGAGUAGCGGAUUUUCUGAACAUGCCUCAUCUGUCAAUGCAUUCGUUGCUACCGCUACAUCAAAACGAACCUCCCUCCCAACCUUAAACGUGGAAAAGAGUCAGGUACUGUUUUUUUUCCUUACUUUUCUUCCCACCACUCCCCUAACUGCCUUCAUUUCUUGAGUGCAGGAAAAACUAUCUGACGAGGAAGUUGUUUAACUUAGCGACUCCAGCCCUGUAAAGCCAACCCCAAGACAUCAGCCAUCAGAUGAAGAAUGCAAGCUUGCAGAAGAACUCUUCAAAUGCCCUUCAAUUCCAGCACUAGCCCUCAUCGCUCCGCUUCCGCAGCAACAGUGGGACCUCUUCCACGCGACUCUCACAGCAAAUACGCAAGCAUUCCACAUUACUCCGUCCCAAUUUGACUUCUCCAACAUAUUCAUACUGGAAAUAGCUCAGCCGCAGAAAUGGGUCACCACAUUUGUAAGUUCGAGUCCCCUUUUAAGCUCCUUUGCUUUUUCUGUUUCUCUUUAUGAUUACUUUGGCCCUUUCUCAUAUUCUGUUGAAUAACAUGUGAUGUUAUGGUCCAGCAUAUGGAAAUUUUGAUUUACAUGCUUGCUGGAAGGCACAUAGAGCUGCUUGAUCGAAAGAAGCUUGCUUUCACAACACCGUAUCUAGCAUCCGGGAUUCAGGAGGUCUUCAAGGGGUUCAAGAAAUUGGCAAGGAAAGACCGAUUCAAAUGGGACACCCGUCUGACUGAGUUGGUGCUUCAGCCAGGGAAGAAAUGGAUGGAAGAUGUGUUUACGAUAUACACUCCUAUGAUCUGGGAGGAUCGUCACUGGGUGGGACUAGCUAUAAAUCUCGAUAUGGGAUAUGUUGAGAUCCUAUACCCACUCCCAAUGUUGUAUGGAGAUAACAAAGUUCAGAAGCUCAUGGACCCCAUCCUCACUUCACUGCCCUACCUCGUCAAGAAGGUUACUAAACCACAGCAGACUCAGUUCCGUGGACUGAAGCCUUUUCAUUGGGAAAGGAUCACCGGAAGCUACAUAAAUGAGCGGUCGGGUGAUUGUGGUCCAGUCAGCAUCAAGUUUAUGGAGCUACACUCUCACGGUGAUCCUCUUCCCCACAUGUCAGGAAUUACUGACGGGACCGUUGAUGAUCUACGCAAACAGUACGCCAUGGAUGUCUACAAAACCAUCGUCCUACCUUCUUACCACGUUCCUACUUCUCCUUGAUCAAAAUUCCAUUUCGUCAUGUCUCUAUUAGUGUUGUCUGAAACUAAACUUAUGGUUUAUGCAACUUAUGUGUCUUGGUCUAUGCAACUUCUUCUGUUUCUUGGUGUUUUGCUUCUAGACAAUCGUUAUGUAACA